AUGUCGGCCAACAACCCCCCCAAUGCUCGCGAGAAGGAGAAGGAGGGCAAGAGCAAGCCCGCGCCGCCGCGCCAGAUCCGUGUGCAGCCUCGGCGAGGCGCCAAGGACAGCGCGAUCCAUGCGUCCUUCUGCCGGGAGGGAUGGGCCACUCUGACGCUGCCUGACGCGGUGAGUUAGAAGAGAACGGGCAGGGCGAGGAGAGACGUCAUAGGUCUGAGCUGUGUCGAUUAUGUGGUGCUCUGCAGGUAUUUGAGGCCAUCCCUGGCGACUGGCGGAGUGCGUGGACUAAGUUUGCGGUGAGCCAAGUCAAUUCAAUCCAGAGAGUGUGCAGUGCACAACGAUGCGCAUGUGUCCAAGUGUGUGUUGGUCUUGUGUGUGCAGGUGUUUCCGUACCGUUGGUGGCUGGUGUUCACGUCCUUCGAAGUGCGGGAGGAAGCCACAUUCAGAUUCUUGUAAGGAGGGAGGAACCGCCGGCACAGCACCUACACAGACACCACACACUUGGAUGGCCAACAAACUGUUCCUCAUGUCAUCGAUGUCUGUGUUGUGUGCAGCGGCCCUGAUGCGGACAUGUCUCCCCAGGGCGAGAGUUUCAACCCCGUCCACGACUUUGUGCUCAAGAACGUCCUCGAGAUACUCAAGUGCAGCGGCGUGGAGCAGCCCACACUCGACAAGGCCCUCAACGGCCGCACCAUUCCGUCCACACCCAACAGCCCCCGCCACACUAGUGCUGCGGCACAGGCCACCACCCCACCCGCGCACGGGCACACCCCACCGCAAGUCGAUGGCGCCAGCGCGCUCUCCUCCCCCCAGCCCCCCUCCUCCCAACAGCACCAGCACCAGCACCAGCCACAGCACCAGCAGCAGCACGCCCCCGCCACACCCCUGCUGCGCGACCUUCCCGUGGAGGCGCGUCUGACGUACCUGUCGUACAACCCGCUGCCGCUGGCCCCGCCGCCCGACUGGCUCAACACCGAGGACGUGCGGCACGUCAUGGCGUGUGUGCAGGAGCCAGAGCUCGAGGAGCUCGUGACGCUCAUACUGCCCCUGGCACUCAAGCACGAGUGCUACCACGACGACCGCAAGCGCAUGCUCGUCAAAGUCGGGCAGAAGCAGGGCGUCCUACUCACCAGCCCCCUCCUCGCCGACCUCUCCACCGCACUGGGAGGCGGCAAGGGCGGCGCCGGCAGGGCGGGACGGAUGGCGCGGUCGUGCGACCACAUCUCGGCGCAGCGCACGGUGAGGGGCGUGGCCAUCUACUCCCUGCGAGCGCGGCGUGACGACCUGGCGGCCCUCUUCGGGGUCCCCAUCAAGCGCGCGGCCCACCCCGGUCCGGUGCACUCGGGUGCGGGCCUCUGCUGCACGCGGAUCCUGGACACCGAGCCGGCGCCGCAGCUGGGUCACCUGUCGUCGGUGCACCUGCCCAGCAUCUGCCUGCAGCGGCAGGACACAGCCGUGGUGCUGCCGCAGCUACUGUACCAGUGCAUCGCACCCUACAACUCCCAAUUCAUCGCCGCCCACCAGCCACACCUGGCCUUCGCCCGACGCGAGUACGCCACCUCGCCCACCAAGAAAGCCGUGUGCGACGGCCGCAUCCACGACAGUGCCCAUCACAAGGGCGGGGGUGGGGGUGGGGGCGUGGGGGGAGGCCUGAAGAUCGGAGGGGCGUCCGGUCUAGACGAGGACGAGGACAUGCAGGGAGGGGGCGGGGGAGAUGCUCGUGGGCAGGGUCUGGGUGGGGGUGGGGAGGCUGCCGGCGCUGGUGCUGGCGGUGGUUUUGGUAGUGCUGGUGUGACGCCGGGCCCCAGGCGUCGGCGUGGGCGGGGCAACGCGCCGCCCGUGAGGCGGUCGCCGCGGCUGGAGGAGAGCAAGGACUCGCGGCCAUCAGGUACGUACGUACGCACGGAUGCAUGCAUUCCCCACUGACAGGUCAGGUCCACAAAUCCACUGCAUGUGCUAUCUCUGUCUGCUUUUUCUCAGGCUCGCCACCUCCUGCAGCAGCGAUGGCCGUUUCCUCUCCCAAUAUGUCGGGCGGCCCCCAGCAGCGGAAGGCGAGCGCCAAGGCAGGCCGCAAGCGGACGCGUCGCUCCAGUGGCCGGCCAUCGCCAUCGCCCCAGCCCAGCCGCCCCCGCUACCACUUCCGUGGGCGACCGCCCCCCGAGCCAUCCGAUGACGAGCACAAUGACAACGGCGAGGGCGACGACAACCAGACCCUGCACAGUCACAGCCACAGCGCCCCGUCUCCAAGCUCACCCACCGCCGAGCGCGCACAGCGAGACGAGGUCAAGAACGACGACGAGAUCGCCGCGCUCGACCCGCACCAGUUCAACAGCGUGUCGAGGCUCACCUGCCGCCGGUUCGUGAGGUUCCCCGUGGUACGCCACGCCCGGCUGACCCGCAUCGGCGCCCCCAUGCGGUCCAUCACGCCCUCUUUGGGCCUCAACGGCCGCCGCGGCCGGGAGCCGUUCGCCGCCGACAACGUGGGUAUGAGCCCGGCGCUCAACCCGCGGCAGCCGCAGGGCCUCAUCGGGACCGCGCCCACCAUCGGGUAUGCCUACAACCAUGCCGGCGAGGAGGUCGCCAGGGCAGCCGGGGGCCAGCGCCAGCAGUCCCAGCAGCAGGCGCGGAAGGACAAGAAGCGCGAGCGGGAGAGGGAGAGGGAGCGCAACCACCACAAUCGUCACGCGGGCAAGGGUGGGCUGGGGGCGACCCCGAACCCCUCGCCCGACCGGAAGCGUCCCCGCAAGAAGGACAAGAAGGCUGGUGGUAGGAUGCGGCAGCAGGACAUGGGUGGGUCGGGGGGCGAGUGGGCGUCGGGCGAAGACGGCAAUGGCGAUCCGUCGCCGCCCAUGUCGCCCUCGGGUGCACCAGCAGCAGCAGCUGCUGCAGCCGCGGCGGGAGGGGGUGCAGCUGGCGGUCUGAACCUGGGCGGCGACCGCACGACGUGGGCCAACUUCGCCAACACGUCGGCGUACAUCAUCGGCCAGAUGACGACCUACAUGCGCGUGUGGGACUUCUUGCGGCUGCGUCGAACGGCCAAGAGCAACUGCGACCCGAUCAUCACCAAGUGCUUCCUGCAGCACCUGAGGCUGUUCGAGGAUGAGCUGCAGGUCAGGAACCUCCCUGGCCUCACGCCCAUGCUCGCCGCAGCCAAGGAGGUCGACUGCAGCGCCAUCAACCAGGCCGGCGUCCUCUCGCCACAUGUGUGUUGCCUUGCGUAGUGUGCAACGGAGAGAAAGGGAGGGGACGGGUGCAUGCCGCAAUGGCUGAUGGAUGAGCGGGAUGAAUGCCUCUCUCUCUCUGUCUCUGUGUGUGUGUGUGUGUGUGUGUGUGCAGUCGAUCCAGUUUGUGAGUGCGGUGUGCAUUAAGGCCAAGAAGCUGUCGUUUGGCGUCAACUCACACGCUAACCUGUGCAAAGCGGUAUGCAAGACACACACACACACACACGGCCACACACGUGCUGACCUUCUCACACCUGCCUGUGCGUGUGUUGUGUUGAUCAGAUCACCCGGGCCCUCGGCCGUCGCCCGGAAGUCGUGUGCACCGAGGAAGCACGUAAGCUUUGUCUGUCGAGGCAAGAAAUGCACACAGGGUGGCAUCCAUCCACGUGUGGGUGUGUUGUGUGUGUUGUGUGUUGUGUGUGUGUGCAGGUUCCGGUAGUCCAACGUUGGAUUUGUGCGUGCAGCGGGAGGGCGGCAACGACCUCCACUUCCGCAUGCCGAUAGCCGUGCCAUUCCGGUGAGUGAGAAAGGACACACGGCACACACACAGACGGAUCCACGUCUGUCUACGACACGGAGAGAGGUGCCCGUCUGUCUGUCUGUCUGUUUUGUCUGGGUGUGUGUGUCUAUCUAUUGAUUGGUCACACACAGCAAGUUGUUGCGUUACUAUCGUGAGAUCAGCGGCAUCUCCGACGGCAUCCUCGAGCUCAGCUACGACAACCAGAGAACCAUCGUACGUACCACAGACAGCACACACCCGCACACACACACAUAACGCAACUGAAGAUGUCUGGGUGCGGUGCAUUCGUCUGCCUGUUAACCUGUCUGUCCUUCUGUGUGGGUGUAUGUAUCAGUUGUUGUCUGACAUGACGCCAGCUGACUACCGUAUGGAGGGCCGCGUGACGUUGUCCAUUGAGCAUCGCAAGGUCCUCCAGUACUCACAGAGGAUCUGGAUCUCACUCUUCCUCGAAGGUAGGUACUCACACACGAACAGCUAGCUGCACACACAGCCAAGAGGCGCAAGGGAGCGAGGGGGGGAGUGUGUAUCUGGUCCAUCUGUCAUGUGUUGUGUGUGCUGGCUGCUGUGGGCAGGUGACAAGGACUUCCCCACUCUGCCGCGGCUGCGCUUCAACGCCGCCAUGCAGACGCCUUUCUCGUAAGUAGAGAGAGGACAUGAAGCACACCACACCACACCACACCACACACAUGACGGAGACAAGCACCGAUACACGUGUGUGUCUGUCUGUGGUGUGGAUGUGUGGUGCAGUCGUUUGGCGGAGAGCUACAGCCGCAACGUAGGUAUCAAGGACACCGAAAUCGACCUCUACUUCCAGGUAGGUCACACAGGCAACAGACACACACACACACACAGACGCUCCAAACGAGUCCCUUGCCAGCGAUGAAUGAAGCGUGUGUGUGUGUGUGUGGUCUCCUGUACAGGGCAAGUUGCUGCCGCGUGACAAGACCCCCGUCGACUUCAAAAUGGCCGACAACCAACACAUCAUGGUAGCGAAGCCACUCACUCACCCCCCGGCGCAUCCACAUCUUUGUCUGCCUCCCUUCUUGUGCAGGUGCGCAUGAAGCCCGGGUGCACCCCUCCCCCUCCCGCACAGCCCAACAACAACCAGAACAACCAGCAGCCCCCCAACGACGGAGGGGCCGGGGGCGCCAACAACCAGCAGCCCCCCAAUGCAGGCAAUGGCGCUGGAGGCGACGGUGCUGGUGGAGGAAACAACCCUCCGGGCAACAACCCACCCCCGCCCCAACCACCAGGUGGCGGAAACAGUGACAACAACAACCAGCAGCAGCAGCAGCAGCCACAGGGGGGAGGGGGCGGUGGGGGUGGCCCCAACGCCGGUAGCGGUGAGAUAGUGGAGGCCCGCGGUCAGGUGCAGGUGCUGGCUGCAGCCUCGAGGUACCCGAUGAAGCGGUGGCGGCUACGCGACGACAAGGAGGGCCGGGUGAUGCGCACGGUGAUCCAGAAGACCAUGCGCGAGGGCAGCGGCGUGUAUGCGAUUCCCAUGCACGACAUCCUUGACGCUGGCGAGAAGACUGACGCUGCCACCGGUACUGGUGGGCCCGCUUUCGCACCCGCAACGGAGGCGUGUUGACGGUGGGGUGUCAGCUCGUCUCGUCACCACAUCCAUCCAUCCAUCCUUGAGUGUGCGCUGUGCUGCCUAGCUGAAGGACGAGGUUUGUUUUUUCCAGCCCUGCCUGCCUGCCGGCCUGCUUGCGUGUAUGUGUGUGGGGGGGAUGCGCUGGUGCAAUUGGCGUGCGUCUUGUGUGCGUGUGUGUGUGUGAGAUGGUGGGUGUGUGGAUUGAUUAUGUCGCGCACCACGACUCCCUACCUGCAAGGCUGGCUGCUUGCCUGAGGCACUGACUGAGGUACUGACUGACC